AUGGAACUCGGCGGCAAGAAGAAGCUUCACGCCCUGUCGCUGGCAGAGAAGAUCCAGGUGCUCGAGCUCCUGGACGAGUCCAAAAUGUCCCAGUCCGAGGUGGCCCGACGUUUCCGGGUCUCUCAGCCCCAGAUCUCCCGCAUCUGCAAGAAUAAGGAGAAGCUGCUGGCGGACUGGUGUAGCGGCACAGCCAACCGGGAGCGCAAGCGCAAGCGCGAGUCCAAGUACAGCAGCAUCGACGAGGCCCUCCUGUGCUGGUACCACAUCGCGCGGGCCAAGGCCUGGGAUGUCACGGGCCCCAUGCUGCUGCACAAGGCCAAGGAGCUGGCCGACCUUACGGGCCAGCACUUUGUGCCCAGCAUCGGCUGGCUGGUGCGCUGGAAGCGCCGGAACAACGUGGGUUCGGGAGCCCGCCACAUCCUCCCUCCUCCUCGGACUUCCCCAGAACCUCCUCCCCUGGGCUCUGACCCCCAGACUCCCAUUGCCCUGAAGGACUUUUCCCCGGAGGAUAUCUUUGCCUGUUCCGAGGUGCCCUUGUUGUAUCGGGCAGUGCCAGGUGGGGCGGCAUUGGGUGAUCAGGUACAGGUGUUACUGUGUGCCAACAGUGGAGGGACGGAGAAGCGUAGGCUGGUGGUCGCAGGGGGCCGUCAGCCUUCUCCUCGGUGCUUCUUUGGGGUCAGCAGUGAGGCUCUGCCUGUCCUCUACCGGCCGGGCCCAGGGAUUCCCUGGGCAGACUGGCUGGCCCAGUUGGACCAGGACAUGGGGCAGCAAGGCCGACAGGUGGUCUUGUUGCUGACUGCCCACCCAGCCAGGGAGGGUGCAGACCUGCCGGAGCUUCAGCACGUGAGGCUGUUGCCUCUGCCUGCUGAUGGUACCAUACCCUGUUUACCCACUCCUGUGGUGCGGGACUUCAAGACCCGUUACCGGCACCGCCUCCUGAGUAAGCUGGCCGCUCUCCGGGGGCAGCCGGAGGGCACAUCUCUGGCUGCGGCUGGGGCAGGCAUCACAGUGCUUGAUGCCUUGCAUAUGAUGGCAGCCGCUUGGGACAGAGUGCCUGCCAGCUUCAUCAGGAGUAGCUUUGCCCUUGCUGGCCUAUGGCCCAGCAGAACUCCUCCAUCUACGAAAGAAGUGCCCAAGGUGGCCCCCUUGCCUAGUGGACUGAGACCCGAAGAAUUUUCCCGUUUUGUGGACCUGGAGGGUGAGGAGACGGACAUGGGAGGAUGCAAGGAAGAGGUGAUCAGUGAGGGGGAGGAAGGGAACGGGGACGAUGGCUUCAUACCUCUGCCGACCAAAGCAGAUGCCUUGCGGGCACUGGGCACCCUGCGGCGAUGGUUUGAGUGUAAUGGGGCUUCCCCUGAACUUUUUGGGAAGUUUUAUGACUGUGAAGAGGAGGUAGAACGCAUGUGCUCCCAGUGAGGGCCCCCCAGGCCCAUCAUAGCCCCCAUCCCCCACCUGCUUGUUUCCCAUGGAAACGCUAACAGAGGGCACUUUGGGGAUUUCUUUCCACUGGAAAUAAGAUGACUUCAUGUUGAGAGGAGAGAAGCUGGGACGCCCAAGGCCAAGCUGUGAAGGCUUCCUCAUCUUUGAGCAGAAAGACUUCAAACUGGGACCAUCGAUGGGGCAGAUAAUCUGAAUAUAUUGCCUAGUAAUACUUUAACUCUCUUGGAAAUUCUAAGGUAUUAGACGAGAAACCGUCGACAGGGAAGCUGGGAGCUUGAGCAUGGGGAAUCUAGGCUUUACAGCCAGUAUGAGAACUCCAUGAAUUUUUUGUUUAAAACUAAUUCUGCUGACGGCAAUCAAGGUUUGAAACAGGGAGCCUGGGUGUCCCUUGCACAAGACGAGAGGGAUUUAGGCAGUGGACAGAGGGUGGUUCACUGACACCUUUCCACCUCGCAGGCCUUUUGGCAUUGACCCCAAAUUGCUGCCACUUCCCCCUCAGAUCAUGGUGGUUGGUGCUACAGCUCGGGCUUCCAGGCAGGACGAGUAAAAAGAAUUUCCUUUCAGAAGUAUCCCAGAGCACUUCAAGUGAAGGGGAAGCUGCAUUAAGCACUCUGUAGCAUAUAUCCCUAGUAUGAAAAGAUUGAGUCCAAGAAAUAACUGGAAGUGGCCAAGGAGAGGGGUGUCACACCAGUGAAUCAUCAGUCCUAUAGAGAAAAUAAGAAUGAGUGCUCCUUUGGCAUAUCAAGGCCAGGGCCCUAAUUUUCCUGAAAGUCUUUUCCGGUCUUGGUUCUUACUUGACUUUUUGUAGACAUCUCUCCUGAGGAGGCUGACCAAACUGGCCAGUCCUGUUACUCUUUCAAAGAUCAGAAUUUCUAGACUAGUGGAGAGGACAUCGGUC